AUGGCGACCUCAUCAUGGAUUGGCGAGCCGCGGGUGAAGGGCUCUUCGCAGUCAAUGAAGCUCUUCUUGCUUACCUUUAGUCUCAUCGGGUUGCAGUUCUGCUGGGGAACCGAGCAGACAUAUGCGAGCCCAUUUCUGCUAGCUCUUGGCCUCAGUAAGGGCGGCAUGUCUCUAGUAUGGAUAGCGGGACCACUUUCCGGAUUGAUCAUGCAACCAAUCAUCGGAAUGAUAUCGGACCAGAGCACCAGUCCGUAUGGAAGGAGACGACCGUUUAUGGUGGGAGGCACAUGUGCAGUGGCUGUAUGCUUGCUGGUAUUGGGCUGGGCGAAAGAGUUGGUGGCAUAUUUUGUGGAGGAUGCUGAGAGGAGGCGGCAUGUCACAAUUCAGCUGGCAAUCGUAGACAUAUUCGUGCUGGAUUUUGUAAUCAACAUUGCACAGUCGACCUGUCGAGCGCUGGUCGUGGACACACUCCCUGUGUCUCAGCAGAAGCUCGGUGCUGCAUGGGUAACCAGAAUGGCUGGUGUUGGGCACAUUCUUGUGUUUGGCAUUGGGGCGCUAGACUUGGAGGUCGUGCUUCCUGGCUUGUUCGGCUCUACCCAAUUCCAAAAGGUGUGCUCAAUUGCAGCCCUGGCAAUGGCAAUCAGUCAAUUUGUCACCUGUUGGGCUGUGACUGAGCGAGUAUUAGUAUCAGAUGAGCCAACAUCAGGAAACAAGCAAAGUCUCGGAUCCAUCAUCUAUCAGAUCUAUGACAGGACAGUCAACGUGCCGAAGAGGAUACAAGCCAUCUGCUGGGUACAAUUCUGGUCAUGGAUUGGUUGGUUUCCCCUACUGUUCUACGGUUCCGUCUGGGUGGGAGAGAUCUAUCUUCGCCAUCAYGCCCCAAACGAGACUGGCGAUGCACUUAGUCAAGUUGGAAUGGUUGGCAGUGCAGCUCUCAUUGUGCACUCUGUCACUACAUUCAUAACAGCCAUCGUCUUGCCUUGGUUAGUCACCAGUCCCGGAGAGGCGGAAAAGCCAGGAUUCACUCCUCGACCACCGGAGAGCCUCAAAGGCAUCAUGGAGACACUCACAACAAUCUCCAAGCCCAGUCUCCUCAACACUUGGACUUUCGGAACUUUGGUAUUCUCCGUUUCGAUGAUCUUUGCGCCUGUCGUAAAGUCGGUAGGGUUCGCAACGUUGUUGAUGGCCAUCACAGGAGUGUCAUCAGCAAUCGCUAGUCUGGCUGCAGGGACAUAUAUUGGUGUUGAAGUCAACAGACUGGGCCCUGCGCUCCCUCAGCAUGUCCAUCGACAGACAACAGUUGAUGAGAAAGAGCUGGACGAGAAGAACAUCCAGCCAAAGUCGACUUCUCAUCCUCGGCGCGCAUCAGAUGCUUCCGGAGGGGUGUCUUCCAGCGGAGAACUGAGCGGUAUCUACCUGGGUAUCUUGAACAUCUACACCACUAUUCCACAAUUCGUUGGAACUGGUAUCAGCUGGGCUGUAUUUUCGAUCAUGGAGCCGGGAAAAAGCCCGGAGCUCGCCAAAGAUGCCCAUCCAGACGAGCACCAUUCCACGGAAGGAGUCAGUGCCGUGGGAGUCUGCUUGUUCAUAGGCGCCUUGUCCUCGCUUGUGGCUGCCAGGGCUACAAGACGAUUGAAGGAAGACACGUAG